CUUCAUAAUAAAACAUGUCAGCUGUGGGUUUAGCUUUGUCUCGACAUCUUCGAGCUCAUUUUUUGGGGUCUAAAACGAUUUGUAAAGACAUAAGAUGUCUCUCGACCUCCGCAGGAACAGCACAAACCCCUCAGGAGAUUUCCACGAAAGAUCCUCCAAGUGCCUCAAACCCCGAGAAUUUAAAUCCUCGAAGUCAGGAUCCACCGGUACCCUCGCAAUAUAGAUUCGUUUACCCCGAGUUCCUUCCUGAUCCCACCCCGGGAUUUCGCAAUCAUCUUCGGGAAAAACUCGAGAGGAUGGACAUGAUGGCGAGGAGAACUGUCAUCGACAUCCCAGAGUUCUACGUCGGUUCAGUCCUCGCGGUGACGUAUUCAGAACCCCAUGCACCAGGAAAAUCUAACAAAUUUGUGGGGAUUUGCAUAGACAGGAAGGGUUCUGGCUUGAGAGCUAAUUUUCUGUUGAGAAAUGUCAUCGAUAAUCAGGGGGUUGAAAUUAAAUUCGACUUGUACGAUCCGGCCAUUCAGCAGAUUGACUGCUUAAGACUUGAAAAGAGAUUGGAUGAAGAAUUGUACUAUCUUCGUGAUGCUCCCCUAGAAUACAGUACAUUCCCAAUGGAUAUGGAGGUGGAACUUCUCCCUGAAGGAAGUGAAGUUCCAAUCAAUCCUCUCAAAGUACCCCUAAAACCUGCCCCAUGGUUAAAGAGAUGGGAGAUCUACCCGAUGAAGGGAAUCGUGCCAGAAACGGUUGUUGUUACUCCAAAGAAGUGGUUGAGGGCUGAAAAACUGAAGAAACCUUGGGAAAAAUACGACCUCAUGAAGAUUUACAGAUCCACAAUCCCAGAAGAAGACCAGCAAGCAAUUUACUCCGAAGUUUACUCCAAACUUCAUACCCUAGAAAUUUCGAGGAAAAAAAUGAAACGUAAACGUGGAUUCGUUCGUCCCACCAAGAGCCAGUGAAAAUUUGUAAAAAUAUGUUAAUAAUUCAUUGCGUACUUGUUUAUAAAUGAAUAAUGAAAUAAAAGAAUGAUAAAAAGCUUGAACUGAAAUUAUGUUCUCGAUCCUUCAACGAGAUGAAUAUUCACAUGGACCUUCAACCAAGGAA